AUGACACCAUCACCGCGCGCCGGCGCUGCUCCUGCUGCCCGCCCGCUCGCGUCAAUCUCGCGCGACGGGCGCGGAGCGGCGGCGGCGCUGAAGAUGGCUCCCUCCCCAACCAAGCGCAAGGACAGGUCAGAAGAGAAAUCGAAGGACCGGUCCAAGGAUAAAGCAGCCACUAAGGAAUUGAGUGAAAAGGAUCGUGGUCGGGAGAAAACACGCAAAAGACGCAGUGCCUCCAGCGGGAGCAGCAGUACCAGGUCCCGUUCCAGCUCAACUUCCAGCUCGGGGUCCAGUUCCAGCACUGGUUCUAGUAGUGGCUCAAGUUCCUCUUCUGCCUCGAGCCGCUCUGGGAGCUCCAGCACCUCGCGCAGUUCCAGUUCGAGCAGCUCUUCUGGCUCUCCCAGUCCUUCUCGACGGAGACAUGACAAUAGGAGACGGUCCCGCUCCAAGUCCAAACCACCCAAGAGAGAUGAAAAGGAGCGGAAGAGGCGGAGCCCAUCACCCAGACCCACAAAAGUGCAUGUUGGAAGGCUCACUAGAAAUGUGACAAAGGAUCACAUCAUGGAAAUCUUUUCCACUUACGGAAAGAUUAAAAUGAUUGACAUGCCAGUUGACAGGCUAAACCCACACCUCUCCAAAGGUUAUGCUUAUGUGGAGUUUGAAAACCCAGAUGAUGCUGAGAAAGCCCUGAAACACAUGGAUGGAGGCCAGAUUGACGGUCAGGAGAUCACGGCCACAGCUGUGCUGGCACCACGGCCUCGACCACCCCCGAGACGCUUCAGCCCCCCCAGGAGGAUGCUGCCACCACCGCCGAUGUGGCGCAGGUCCCCCCCUCGCAUGAGGAGGAGGUCCCGCUCUCCUCGGCGCAGGUCUCCUGUUCGCCGACGCUCCCGAUCCAGGUCUCCCGGGCGAAGGCGCCAUCGCAGCCGCUCCAGCUCAAACUCCUCAAGAUAAAGCAAAAGGACUGGACAGCUUUUUACUUUUUAACUUAAAUCCCAUCAGAUGGAAUAUUGUACCUUUUUUUUAUAAUGAAUCUGGGUGAGGAGGAGUGAGAGAUAAUCCUGGCAGUGAAGGCAGUGUAAGAGGGGAGAACACCAGUUCCUGGCCAGUAACCUUUACUGUGAGGCUUCUGGAUUCCUGGCAUUGAAUUGAAAUUAUUUUAAAAUGGCUUUGAUUUUAAAGGCUGCAAAAACAUCUUUUCCAGAUAGAGGGAGGGAAAGAUGUUUCAGCCUCUCUUUUCUCCAGUUAGCAGCUGCUGCUUGGUGAUUGUAAACGUUUAGCACGCUGUACAGACCAGCAUGUAAAUCUUGAGCUAGUUCAGAACCCCAGUGAGUAAGACAGUGAGCCACAUACCUUGAUCUCCAGGUGCCAGCACAGGAUUUUAUCAGGGCAGCUGGAGGCCAGACCUGCCUGAGACUUAAUUCAAUACAGAAUUGUUGCUUUAUUCCAGUUCUGGCUUACACCAGGCAAUCACCACAGAAACAAUGGUCUAGCCCAGUGAACAUGACACUAUAGAGAAGAAGCUGGAAAGCCUAAGUGUUCUGUAGCUGCCCCCAUAAGUGAUAUCUUUCACUUUUUCGUUGAGGGUGUUGGUGAAAACUUCCUACUCAGCCCACAGUGAAACAGUGUGAGUGCUUUUACAAAUACCAAACGAGUGACUGAGUACCAACCCCUUGGAAACUGCAAAGCAGAGAGGGAGGCUUGAAGCCAUGAUGCUGGCUAGAAUAACGGGUUCACACAGGGAAAGGCAAAGAAUUUACCACCUGUUGUACAGUCAAUACUAUAUAGAUUUUUUUGUUUGUUUGUUUUGCUUGUUUUGUAUAACUUUGUAUUCUUUUGGGCCAUGUUGUGUUUGUACUUGUGUAGGACAAGCAGUUACUGAAUAAAGCAAUAGGGUUGAGAAGGGC